AUCCCCUCCUUCUCCCUGUUUCUUGUGGGGGAAACUGAGGCCCAAGGGAGGUGUCACUCAAGGUCACAAGCCAGGAGUGGCUCAUGGGGAUUCCAGACUCCUGGAGUGACUUUCCUGGCCUGGUCACAGCAGGUGGGCCCCAGCAGCUGGUGGGCCUGGGGCCCUUCUCCCUCCCCAGCCUCAUCCUGCCCUUCCUGUUUCUGGUCAGGGAUUGCAGAAUCUCUGGGAGGGUGCGAGGGUGGAGUCCACCAUCCCUGGCUGACUGCAGGGGAAUUAGGUGCUGGGUCAGAGGCAGGAGGAGCUGUGUCAUCUUAUUCAGGAAGAAAUGGCUUUGGAGAGGCCCCGAGACUGCCCAAGGUCACGGGUGGCUGCUGCUAGAAACACACUGGACCGUCCUGCCUUGCCACUUCCCUCUCUGGGCUUCUUCCUCCUCUGCCCUGGAGGGGACUGUGUUGGGAUAGUGACCACCACCUGUGGGGUGGUGGAUCCUUGAAGGUGCCUGACAUGACAGGAGAUAAGGGAACUAGAGCUGAGCUGGCCACCAGCUGGCCACACUGUUUCUGCCCCCAGGGAGAUUCUUGAGUUGCUUCCUGGGACCAGACAUCCUUCCAGCCCCUGCCAGGCUGGGACAGGAUACAUGAAUGGUUCAGGGGACACAGGCUUUGUGUCUGGAGGGCUGGGUGCGUCUCUGGGGCUGCUACUUCUUGGCUGUGUGAGGAUGGCAGUUGCUUAUCCAUUCUGAGUCUCAGUAAAAGGGGGCCAUGAUAGGUGGAGGGGCCUGUGUGAUUCAGAGAACAUCUGGGAGGUGGUAUGGGUGCCGCUGGCCGUCCAGGGCAGGAGAGCCGUGAGGCUGCAGGUCCCAGCCUGGCCAAGUGGACUUCUGGCAGGUGUGACCCUGGCUGUUGAGACAGGAGCCAGGGUGGGCAGUGUUGAUGAGGGGGGUCUCAGGGCUCUUGGCCUUGUCACUGUGGUGAGGGCAGUUUUGUGUCUGUCCCAGCACUGUGCUGGGCUCUGAGAUGGCCCCUGUGUUCCACAGGGAGGGGAGCUGCUGCUAUAGAGUGCCCAAGGACCUGGGGGGGCCCUGUGGCCAGGUCCUUCUGACUCAGCCCACCUAACAGGGCUCCAUCGAAGGUUGGGAAGAGUGCUUUUCCCUCCGGGUCAAAAUCUCCCUCUACAGCUUGAGAAAUAGUUGGAGUGAGGGAUCCCCAAGCCUGCAGACCCACAUUUAGUGGGGUGAUGGGGUGUGGGCAGAUGAUUGCCACCGUGAUGGGCAGGUGAGCUGCCCAGGGUGAGAUCCCAUUCCCACAAGGUGGGGCGGUGCCCCUGGCAGAGGCAGCAGCCUGGGUAAGGGCUUGGCGGGGCCACCGUCACAAUGAAUGGCAUGGUGGGGGACAGGGUGGAGAAGCAGCACGAGCCAGUGGUGGGCAGAGGGGUCCCCCUGCAGUACCAGGCUGGACGGAGUGUGACCCUGGAGGACUCAUGGGACGCUGUGUGGGCUUCCCGGGAUUUGCGACAAGAUCCCUUGGGACUUCAGGGACCUGCGUGGUGGCUGGGCUCUCAGACCCUCUGCUUCCCCGGGCUGUUCAUUGCCCACUGGCCGCCGUGGCCAGUCGGGACCUCUGCAUCGACCAGGCUGUGGUGUUCGUUGAAGAUGCUAUGCAGUACCGCUCCAUCUCCCACCGCAUGGACGCCGGCUCGAUGCGGCUUUACCGAUGCUACUACUCGAACGCGUGCCAGCGGAUCCUCAACUUCACCAUUUUCUCCAUCCUGGCCUUGGCCUUUAUUGAGACCCCGUGUUCGCUCACGAAGACUGCCGACGUGCGCUACCGCUCCCUGCACUGGGAGCCGCCCUGUGGCCUGACCGAGGGCAUCGAGGGGCUGUGCUUGCUGGUCUUCAUGACCGACGUGUCUGUGAAGUGCUUCCUGGUCGGGCGCGCCCAGUUCCAGAGGAAUGUGUGGCUGCUGGCCUACAUCGCGGUGCUGGCUGUGUCUGUUGUGGACUGGACCGUGUCCCUCUGUCUCCUUUGUCAGGAGCGUCUGCGCAUCCGCCGGCUCCUCCGCCCCUUCUUCCUGCUGCAGAACUCCUCCAUGAUGAAGAAGACCUUGAAGUGCAUCCGGUGGUCGCUGCCAGAGAUGGCCAGCGUCGGGCUGCUGCUGGUUGUCCACCUCUGCCUCUUCACCAUAUUUGGGACGUUGCUGUUCACCGUGGGCGAGGAGGACGAACAUGAGAAAAAGGAGAGGCUGACCUAUUUCCAGAGCCUCCUGGACGCCUUCACUUCCCUCUUGGUGCUGCUGACCACGGCCAACAACCCUGACGUGAUGAUCCCUGCGUAUUCCGAGAACCGGGCCUAUGCCAUCUUCUUCAUCGUCUUCACCCUGAUAGGGAGCCUGUUCCUGAUGAAUCUGCUGACCGCCAUCAUCUACAACCAGUUCCGGGGCUACCUCAUGAAAUCUCUGCAGACCUCGCUGUUCCGGAGGCGGCUGGGGACCCGUGCUGCCUACGAAGUCCUCUGCUCCCUGACAGGAGUUGGGGUGAUGCCCCAGGACUUCCUGCAGGUGCUUGAGAAAGCCCAGCUGAGCAGUUCCCAAAAGCAGACCAUCAUGGAGAAGGUGCGCUCCCUUGAUGGUGUGCUGCUGUCAGCUGACGAGUUCCAGAAAAUCUUCAGUGAGGUCGACAGAGGUGUGGUCAGAGAGCACCCGCCGAGGCCCUGCUACCGGUCCCCGUUGCUGCAGAGCGCCCAGUUCCUCUUCGGCCACCGCUACUUUGACUACCUGGGCAACUGCAUCACCCUGGCGAACCUCGUGUCCAUUUGUGUGUUCCUGGUGCUGGAUGAGGACGUGGCCCCCAGUGACCGGGACAACUUUGUCCUAGGGGUGCUCAACUGCGUCUUCAUCAUGUACUACCUGCUGGAGCUGCUGCUCAAGGUCUUCGCCCUGGGCCCGUGGGGCUACCUGUCCUACCCCGAGAACCUGUUCGACGGCCUCGUCACCUUGGCUCUGCUGGUUUUGGAGAUCCUCAUGCUGGCUGUGUACGGGUUCCCCUACCGAGGCUGGAAGCCAGAGAUGCGGGGCCUGCUGUCGCUGUGGGACAUGAUGCGGCUGGUGAACAUCCUCAUUGUGUUCCGGUUCUUGCGCAUCAUCCCCAACAUGAAGCUGAUGGCCGUGGUGGCCAGCACCAUCCUGGGCCUUGUCCAGAACUUGCGGGCAUUUGGCGGCAUCCUGGUGGUGGUGUACUACGUGUUUGCCAUCUUAGGGAUCAACUUGUUCCAAGGUGCCAUCGUGGCUCCUGGCAAUGACAGCCUGGCCCACGACAACGGCUCAGUGCCCUGUGGCAGCUUCGAGCAGCUGGAGUACUGGGCCAACAACUUUGAUGACUUUGCGGCCGCCCUGAUCACCUUGUGGAACGUGAUGGUGGUGAACAACUGGCAGGUGUUCCUGGAAGCCUACGAGCGCUACGCAGGCAGGUGGUCACUGGUCUACUUCGUGUUGUGGUGGCUGGUGUCGUCCGUCAUCUGGGUCAACCUCUUUCUGGCUCUGCUUUUGGAGAACUUCCUUUACAGGUGGGACCCCCGCAGUCAUGAGCGGCACCUCUCGGGGAUGCAGCUGACCGCAGAGCUCAUAUUCAGGGACAUCCUGGAGGAGCCCAAGGAGGAAGAGCUGAUGCACAGGCUGCGUAACCACCCGCACGUGCGGCUCUGCAGGUGACGCUCUGACGGCCCCUGGCCAGCCGGCAGGAGAGAGGCUGGUUGGGGAUGAGAUGGCACAUGACCAAGCAGGACAAGCCUGUGCUCUGACUGACCACCUAGGGGACAGCAGGGGGACAAGGAAGCCAGUUCCUCUUUUGCUGCCCUUCAGCCGCUGCGCUGCCGGCCUCUCCAGGUGGCCGCGCCCUGCUGCCGUCCUUCCCGAGCUGCUCCCGGGAGGCACUUGCUUUUCUGUUGUGGAGGCGACUCUGGGGCCUUGACACCAGCCUGGAAGCCAGAGGCGGUGCCUUCACUGCUGGAGGCCUCCAGGGACAGGGCCGCGUGGGCUGGGCAGGUCCCCUGCAGCCUCGGGCCUGGGGGUGCUGGUGGUCGGACACGGGGGAACCUGGGUGUGUCGUUACGUCACGGGUUGUGCGCGUGAUGGGGGCCGGGUGUUUCUGUGGAUCAGAGUGCCAAUAAUUCCACGGUGGCCCGCGGAGGCUGA